AUGCAGCGGCCUUUGGUUUGUAUUUCUUGGCAGAUCAGGGCUCUGGAAGACUACUUCCCACCUAAUACAGAACGGGAGCCCGACCCUGAGGUGGAAGGCCGCGGUCGGGCUGGCUUGCUGGCGGAUCUUCGAUAUUACUCGGGCAGCAAUGGCUCAGAUAUUCUUGAGGCAUACCGCAAGAUCCCUGGCAGUUUCCUUGCACCGCUAGCAGUGCUUGAGGGCCGCAAUGCCUUCCAUGUUCGGACGCUUUUCCAUUGCUGGGAGCUCCUCACUGCUGCCGAAGCAGAACGUGGCCAACGCUACAAGUACUGGAUUUACGCUCGCCUGGACUGGCUGUGGCUUGCGCUGCCACCUGACUUGUCCGUUUUCGAGGAUGCUGACCCAGCAGCCGUGUGGAUUCCAGAUGGGCAAGAUUGGGACGGCAUCAAUGAUCGCUUCGCUAUAGUGCCGCGAAAGUAUGCAAAGCCGUACUUCUGCAGGUGGCCCUGGUUGGUGAAUGGCAGCUUUCUACCCAUGAUGCACCGCGCAACAGGGAGACUCCCAGCCUCGGAUUUCUAUCGUGGCCCGGAGUGGUCCCUGCUGGCUGCAAUGCAUUGGUAUCGGGUGCCGAUUCGGCGUUUUGGGUCUACAGGUGCAAUACUCUGCAUGGGGGGCCGGCGUGCAAAGUACGGGCGCUGCACUCGGCCGACCAAUCCGGCUGCUUUCUCGUACAAAUACAGCGCCGAGGUCAGCGAAGCCUCUGCAACCUUUCCGUUAAUUCAGCAAACGUUCGUCAACUGCUGGAUGGCUGGACCUCGACUGCUGCGCUUGCAGCGCACAGUUGUUUGUGUGUUGAAUGCAGACGUGGCGCCUCGCUGCCGCGCCGCGUCUUGUGAUGCAAAGUGCUGGACGGAUGUUUACGACUAUGGCCGCUGCUGUUUAGAUGGACGUGAAGGGCUGUGGGUGCUGCCCAGUCCAGAGGCAGCCGAGGCAAUCUUGAAUUCUGGCAACUAUCCUUUCUGCUGGCCCAUUGUUGAAGCCGUGCAGCGAUGCCUGCUUCGAGAGGAUCUGGAAUCCCUUGCAGAGGGCACAAAAAGGGCGAUAAGGGCGGCAUCCCUCAGAUUGCCGGUAACAUCCGGUUACUAG